UAUUCAAGCUCACAAAACGAAAGCAAAGUUCCAAUUUUUUAAUAUCAUUAUCAUAUGUUUCUCUCUCAGUUUGGCAGUGUGUGUUUAUAAGGGCAGAGAUGAGAUAGAUUCACUUUGAGAACUAACAGAAAAAAGCUACCAAAUUUUUUCUAUCCAUUUCCUACCCGAGAGAAAAAGAGGGGAAAUAAAAAUCUUAGCUUUAGCUGCUGAGAUUUUUUUUCUUUUUUACCUUUUUAGUUUGGGUAAAUCAGAUUUCCUUGCUACUGCUACCCCACAAAAAACGAAAAUGGAAUCCAUCCUGAUUCGUUGCAAAAACAGACAAAUAUAAAUGGUGUCAAGGUCAUACUCAAAUCUUUUGGAGCUUGCGUCUGGGGAGUCUCCAUCGUUUGGCCGUAUGAGCCGGCGAAUCCCUCGGAUUAUGACGGUGGCUGGCAUAAUUUCCGACUUAGAUGAUGAUCCGACGGACAGUGUAUGUUCUGAUCCAUCAUCUUCUUCGGUCCAGAGGGACCGAAUAAUUAUUGUUGCCAAUCAGCUGCCAAUAAGGGCACAACGAAAAUCAGAUGGCAGUAAGUCUUGGAUUUUCACUUGGGAUGAGAAUUCACUUCUCCUCCAGCUGAAAGAUGGAUUAGGGGAUGAUGAUAUUGAAGUAAUAUAUGUUGGUUGUUUGAGAGAAGAAAUUCACCCUAGCGAGCAAGAUGAGGUCUCGCAGAUACUUCUGGAGACCUUCAAAUGUGUGCCUACAUUUCUUCCCCCGGAUCUUUUUAGCAGGUUCUAUCAUGGAUUCUGUAAGCAACAGUUGUGGCCUUUGUUUCAUUAUAUGUUGCCUUUGUCGCCUGACCUUGGUGGUCGGUUUAAUCGUUCGCUAUGGCAAGCAUAUGUAUCUGCAAAUAAGAUUUUUGCUGAUAGGAUUAUGGAGGUGAUUAACCCAGAAGAUGAUUUUGUAUGGGUGCAUGACUAUCAUCUUAUGGUGCUGCCAACUUUCCUUAGGAAGAGGUUUAAUCGGGUGAAACUUGGAUUUUUCCUCCAUAGCCCAUUUCCUUCGUCGGAGAUUUAUAAGACAUUGCCUAUUAGAGAAGAGCUUCUGCGAGCGUUAUUAAAUUCUGAUUUGAUUGGGUUUCAUACUUUUGAUUACGCAAGGCAUUUCUUGUCUUGCUGUAGUAGAAUGCUUGGCCUUACCUAUGAAUCCAAGAGGGGAUACAUAGGCCUCGAGUAUUGUGGUAGGACUGUAAGCAUCAAAAUUCUGCCUGUCGGUAUUCAUAUGGGCCAGCUUCAGUCAGUGUUGAGGCUUCCCGAGACUGAAACAAAGGUUGUGGAGCUCAUUAAGCAGUUCAAUGAUCAGGGCCGGAUAAUGUUGCUGGGGGUGGAUGAUAUGGAUAUUUUUAAGGGUAUAAGUUUGAAGUUGCUGGCGAUGGAACAGUUGCUUGUGCAGCAUCCAGAGUGGCGAGGCAAGGUAGUGUUGGUGCAGAUCGCAAAUCCUGCAAGGGGCAAAGGAAAAGAUGUGAAAGAAGUCCAGGCUGAGACUUAUUCCACUGUGAAGAGGAUCAAUGAAACAUUUGGGAAGCCUGGAUAUGAUCCUAUUAUCUUAAUUGAUGCACCACUCAAAUUUUAUGAAAAAGUGGCAUAUUAUGUUGUUGCUGAGUGCUGUUUGGUCACUGCUGUAAGGGAUGGAAUGAAUCUCAUACCUUAUGAAUAUAUUAUCAGUCGCCAAGGGAAUGAGCGAUUGGAUAAGGUGUUGAGACUAGAACCCUCUGCUCUGAAGAAGAGCAUGUUGGUUAUUUCUGAGUUUAUUGGCUGUUCCCCAUCUCUGAGUGGUGCGAUUCGAGUAAAUCCCUGGAAUAUUGAUGCUGUCGCGGAUGCAAUGGACUGUGCCCUGGAGAUGGCUGAGCCAGAAAAACAACUCCGGCAUGACAAGCAUUACAAAUAUGUUAGUACUCAUGAUGUUGGCUAUUGGGCACGUAGUUUUCUUCAGGAUUUGGAGAGGACUUGCCGAGAUCAUGCAAGAAGGAGAUGCUGGGGUAUUGGAUUUGGAUUAAGCUUCAGAGUUGUGGCGCUAGAUCCAAACUUUAGGAAGCUUUCAAUGGAGCACAUUGUAUCAGCUUACAAGAGGACCACAACUAGGGCAAUUCUUCUGGACUAUGACGGUACUCUAAUGCCUCAGGCUUCGAUUGAUAAGAGCCCAUCUUCCAAGUCAAUUGACAUCCUAAAUAGCCUGUGCAGAGAUAAGAACAACAUGGUUUUCCUUGUUAGUGCUAGAAGUCGCAAGACACUCACUGAAUGGUUUUCACAGUGUGAGAAGCUGGGAUUGGCUGCAGAGCAUGGAUACUUCCUAAGGUUGACAAGAGAUGCGGAAUGGGAAACUUGUGUUCCUGUAACAGACAUUGCUUGGAAGCAAAUUGCAGAACCUGUGAUGCAGCUUUACACUGAAACAACUGAUGGGUCGACUAUUGAGGAUAAGGAAACUGCACUAGUAUGGUGUUAUGAGGAUGCAGAUCCUGAUUUUGGUUCAUGCCAAGCUAAAGAACUACUUGAUCAUCUUGAAAGUGUUUUGGCAAAUGAACCUGUAACAGUCAAGAGCGGACAGAAUAUAGUGGAGGUUAAACCUCAGGGUGUAAGCAAGGGGCUGGUGGCUAAACGACUACUUUCGACAAUGCAAGAAAGGGGAAUGUCACCAGAUUUUGUUUUAUGUAUAGGAGAUGACCGGUCAGAUGAAGAUAUGUUUGAGGUAAUUACCAGUUCCAUGGCAGGUCCAUCAAUUGCUCCGAGGGCGGAAGUAUUUGCAUGCACUGUCGGUCGAAAACCUAGCAAGGCUAAAUAUUAUCUAGAUGAUACGACAGAAAUUGUUAGGUUGAUGCAAGGGUUGGCUUCAGUUUCAGAACAAACAGUUGCAGUGUAAGCCGAGUUUAAGCAUGUAGGUUGAACAAUGUAAUCCACAUAGUUUUCAUUAGCUUUUCUCGCUUUUUUUUUUGCUGUGUAAAUCAUCAUAGUGUUGCUUGGAGAGGCUGUGGAGCAGAAACACUUUGUUUUCUUUCUUAUUGCGUUUGAUCUCUUUGUAGUGAAGUUGUAAAUAUAUGUUUGUGCCAUAAAUCUUGAGCUUGUUGAACUGCA